AAUAAUGAAAGACUAACUCUAAACAAAUUAAACUUAUGGUACAUAUUAAUCAUUAAAUUAAGAUGAAAAUACAUCAGAAUCUAUAUUAGUAUUGUAUAUUAGAGUAAUUAGGAACGAGAUGUUUAAUAAAACUAAAUAAAGUAUUCAUUAGCUAUGUUUUUAUGUGGAUUAAUCAAUAAUACAGGAUAUGUUUUAGUUGCUACUUCUGCUCAAUCUAUAGCAAAACAUUUUGAUAUGGAAUCCUUUAUGAGUGCAUUCAAUUUGUAAAUCUUGAAUUUUAAAAUAGUUCUUUGAUCUUCCUAUCAAUUGGGAUGGUAUUCAUGAAUGCUAAAUUAUUUAUUAAAAUCUAACAUAAAAAAAGAAUCUAUGUUGCAAUAUUUUUAUCUGCAGUUAGUUUCAUUAUUAUAGGUGUAUGGUAAUAUAUAUAGAUAUUAUAAAUAUAUAUAGUACUACUAUUGAAUAGGAUUAUGCAUUCUAUAUAUCCCUUUUAGGUGCUACUUUAUGUGGUUGUAUGUAAUCAUUUGGAGAAGCUACUAUGCUUGGUUAUUGUAAAUCAUUUAGUUCUUCUUUGAUUGGAUUUUGGAGUUCAGGAACAGGUUUUGCAGGAAUAUUUGGUUCUGGGUUUUUCUUAGUUUUAAGGGCAUUAUAAUUUACAGAUUUUUGGGUAUUACUAAAUUUUAAAAAUAGAUAUUUAUAACAGCUAUUCCUUUUUUGUUAAUAUAUCUAUACAAUUUUUCAUGGUUAGAUAAUAAAAGAAAAAGUUUAUCAAAAGUAAAAAUAGUAGAAGAAGAAGAAGAAGAUGAAAGUACAGAUAAUUUGUAAAUGAGUUUGGAAAAUAUGAGAUGUGUUCUUAAUUUAGCUUGGACAUAUUCCUUAAAUUUAGGUGCAGUAUAUUUUUUUGAAUAUUUUGUAUUAACUUGUUGGGCAGAUCGUGCAAAUCCAGCUAAAAGUGAUGGAAAUUAUUUUGAAAUAAAUGCUUAUGCUAUUUUAGCAUUUUGUUAUCAAAUUGGUGUAUUUAUAUCAAGAUCAUCAUUAAAAAUUAUUUAAAUAAAAAAUGUUACUUUAUUAACUAUUAUUUAAGGAAUAAAUUGUGGAUUAUGGGCAAUAAUAGCUAUUAUUUAUUAUUAUUCUAAUUAUCAAUUAAAUAUUUCAAUAUAGAUUUGUUUAAUGUUAUGGGUAGGAUUAAUGGGAGGUGCAAGUUAUGUGAAUGUGAAUUAUUUAAUAGUUUCUGGAUCAUUCUUACCCUAAAAUUGCAAGGAAUUAUGUAUGUGUAUAAAUUCAAUGACAAAUAAUACUGGAAUAAUGUUCGCAACAAUAUUCGCUAUGAUAAUCAGUAAUUUUUGGCUUAAAUGA